CGCAGUUAAAAAAAAAAGAUAAUUUUUUAUCAUUGUUUUAAAUUGACAUUACUAUUUAACAAUAAUGGGUCGUCAUUGUCAAUUAGUUAUGGGACCAGCUGGUAGUGGCAAGUCUACUUAUUGUGCAACCAUAAUGACACACUGCCAAACAGCUGGACGUAAAGUUCAUUUAGUCAACUUAGAUCCUGCUGCAGAACACUUCGAAUAUGAGCCAACUAUCGAUAUUCGAGAUUUGAUCACAUUAGAAGAUGUUAUGGAAGAAUUGGACUAUGGACCCAAUGGUGGUUUGAUCUAUUGUUUAGAGUUCUUGUUAAAUAAUAUUGAUUGGCUUGAAGAAGAGAUUGGAUCUUAUGACGAUGACUAUUUGAUCUUUGAUUGUCCUGGACAAAUCGAAUUAUAUACUCAUUUCCCUAUUAUGAAGCGUCUUUGUGAAACUCUUAAUCGCCUUAAUAUGAAUGUCUGUGGCGUGUAUUGUCUUGAAUCACAAUUUAUCGAAGAUAAAAGCAAAUAUUUUUCUGGAGUACUCAGCGCGAUGAGUGCUAUGGUUAAUUUAGAAAUUCCUCAUAUUAAUGUUAUGACUAAAAUGGAUUUAAUUGAGGGCGAUUAUGGUAAUAGACGUGUAGAGGAAGAAGAGGACGAUGAAGAAGAUGAUGCUGAAACAGCAGCUCAAAAAAAGCGUCGUAGACAAAGGAGAAGAAGAAGAAUGAUGGAAAAGGCUAUGACAGAACGUGAAUUGGAAAGAUAUUUAGAACCUGAUCCAUUACUAAUGGCAGAAGAUGCGGAAACAGUUAUGAAUGAGGAAGAGCAAAGUCCAAUGAAUAUGAAAUUCCAAGCUUUAAAUCAAGCUAUUGUACACUUAAUUGAUGAUUAUAGUAUGGUACGCUUUAUACCUCUUAAUAUUACAGAUGAAGAUUCAAUCGAAUAUGUUUUAUCUCAUGUGGAUAAUUCUAUGCAAUAUGGAGAAGAUUUAGAGCCAAAAGAACCCGAAGAUUCUGUUGAAUAUGAAUAAAUGAUAAAACACAUAAAAGGAGAAUCUUUUUUGUUACCUCCUUUUCCUUUUUUUUUUAAAAAAAAUACAAAUAUUCAUAUAUAAAUGUAUACGUGUAUAAAUAUACAAGUCAACUGACAGAUAUAAAAAUAAAUAUUUAUACAAGAAAGGAGAUAAAAUAUUAAUUGAGACAGGGAGGGAAAAAAAACGAAAACUUUACUAUAAAUGAUGAAUUACAUACAUGCAUGUAAGAAAAGGAGCAAAAAAAAAAAAAAAAAAAAAAA